UACACAGGCCUCAUCUUCUUCCACGAAGGCUGGCCACUGUGCAUCCACGGGAAGGUGGUGGUGCAGCUGGCGUCCCUGCGCGGAGUCAGGCUCAGGCCCGGGGACUUCUACCUGCAGGUCACAUCGGAGAGUUCCUGGACCGGGUGAACAGGGAACGCAACAGUGUCCUCUUGAAAAACUGCUUGCUGACCUCAGGCUCUGCUGUCUACCGCACCCCAUGGAGCAACGUCACAGUCCCUGUGUUUGUACCCAUCAGCGGAAGAGUCCUGCCCCACUGCCCCAGCCAUCCCGGGCCUGAGCGGCCACCCAGCAGUGCCUCCGAGGCCCUGGCCCCGGCGCCAGCCAUGACCAGCAACACUCCGACCCUGCCUCACUGCAGGGGGCACAAGGACAGUGACCAGCCCAGCCACCUUCCUUCCCUGAAAAGAGCUGAGUGCAAAAGCCCUGGGACCCUGCCCAGGAGCUCUGAUGUCAGCCCGUGGGAGCCCCGUGCAAGCCCUGAAGGACCAGGAGGGAGACCGGACCCUGUGGAUAAGAAGGAUGGCCCCCAGGCUCUCACCUCCCCCAAGGACGCAGGCAGCCUGAGCUCCAGCAGGCGGCCGCCUGGGGCUCCUGCCGCUGUGGAGGCCAGACGCUGGUUCAGGAAUUCCUACAUGGAGGCCCUGCAGAACCCCAUGCCCCUGGGCUCCAGCUCCGAGGAGUCCCUCGUGGAUGAUGCCUGCAGCACCCGGAGCAAGAGGGCCGCGCCAGGGUCCAGCCAGCCCCAGAAAGAAACCCCCGGCCCCCAGGGAGAACGCCAGGGGAUCCGGAGACGACAGAGCUGUCCCAGGGCCGCUGGGAGGACCCUUCCCAGGAGGUCUCAGUCCUGGGACCGAUCCCUCAAGAGCUUCCGAGGUGAUGUCCCCCAUGCGGCCAGCGCCGGACCCGGAGGUCACCUAGGAGGACAAGCUGUGGGGACCAGAGACUUGGGCUGCAGCCACCCCUCUGGCUGCACCAAGGAGGAAGCCGGUGUCCCCACAGGUGACUGCAGCUCCCGAGGACACGACCCCCGCAGGUCUCCUGACCUGCUUGCUGAGCUGCUGUGUUCCGAGGAUGAGGGACAGCCCCCCAGCACAGGAGACCUGCCCAGCCAGGUACCCAGGCAGGUGCUGGAGAUCAACUUGGAGCUGCUGCAGUCUGGGGCCGUCACCCUCCCAGGGACCCGAGACCGUCAGGGGAGAGCAGUAGUGCAGGUCUGCACAAGAGGCCCACUCUGGUCCAGCCAACACAUGUCCAGUGCCGAGCUGACCCUCCUGCUGAAGUACCUCCAUGGCAUCCCCAGGAAGGAGGUGCGGGACCUGGGGCUGGUCAUCCUGGUGGACACACGCAAGAGUCCGGCCGUCCCUGCCCUCUCCCAGGCCCUGGCAGCUCUGCAGAACAUAUCUCCACCCAUAAUUCAUAGUAUUUUGCUGUUGGUGGAUAAAGAUUCAGCAUUCAGGCCUGACAAGGAUGCAGCAAUUCAGUGUGAGGUGGUGGGCUCCCUGAAGGCCCUGCACAAGUUUGUCGACAGCUCCCAGCUGACCGCAGACCUCGAGGGCUCCUUUCCCUACAGCCACAGUGACUGGAUCUGCUUCCGCCAGAAACUGGAGACCUUUGUCACAAACUGCCAGGACGCCAUUGCUUUCUUACAAAAUUUAGUCAGCUCCCUGAGCACCCACAGGACCCUCAGCACGGCUCAGGAGGUCACAGAGUUAAUCAGUGAGCACAAGGCCAUAAUGAAACGAGUCCUGGAAGAUGCACUGCUGGUCACCCUCCGCCUGGAAGGUGGUACUGUGCUGGCACGGCUAAGGAGGAAAGAGCAAGGGGCCAGUGAAGACAGCCAAGACAGCAUUGAAGCUGCCUCCCGACUGUACAACCAAGUGGACGAAGAGGUGCACAGGCUGGUCCUCACCUCCAACAGGUGUCUCCAGGAGCUGGAGAGUCUGCGGGAACUGAGGGCACUCCAAGAGGAACGUGAGCAGAUCAAAGCAUGGUUUGAAAGAGAGCACGAGACAUGGCCGAGCCCUUUGGAGCUGCUGCCUAUUGGGAACGUGAAGCUGCUGCAGCCGGAGCUGCGAGCCAGGCACCCCAGGCCGACGCAGUGCCGUCAGGAAGGACAACAGCUGAAGGAAGAGAACGACUCGAGGGGCACAGAGGACACGGUGCAGGACGCCGGCGGGUAUCUGAGCGCCACAGCCAGCCAGGAGCCGACGGAGGGAGAGCUGGCCCAGCGGGCCUGCCACUCCCAGUUCUGCCUAGCGGUGAACAGGGGGAUGCUGCACGGCGGUGAGUGCCUGCAACCUCUGGGCCCAGAGCUGGUGGCCGAGUGUCUGAAGAGCUGUCCCCAGGAUGCCAGGGGGGUGUUGGCGAGCGUGGCGGUGCUGGGCCUGGGCAGCCAGCAGGCACUGCAGCAGUGGCACGCCUUGUGGCUGCAGUGCCAGCAGAUGCACCUCUGCUCCCAAGAAGCCCUUUUUGAGGCUGCCCCGGGCCCUGGUGCCCCCCCUCCAGACCAGGGGCCCUUGAAGCAUGAGCUCAUCCAAGGGGCCGAGAUGAGGCUCCGCGAGCCAUCCUGGACCCCCCUCCCGGACCCUCAGGGCUGCGCUGGGGAGCGGGCACAACUGCUGUCCAGCCUCCCCGGACAAGUCACUUUCUGUGGGCAGGACGGUGAGCACCUGGACUCAGGUGUACAUACCCCAGACGACAGUUCCACCUGCUCCUCUGAGCCCAUCCAGAUGCCCAUCAUCCACCACAGGAAACAGCCCCUGAAGAAAAUGAUGAAGAAAACACUCACCUCAGAGAUGCCACAGCUUGACAGUAGCCCCAGGGACUCCCACUGGCCAGCCCACACUGGGGGCUUCAUCCAAGGCCUGGACGUGGCCAGCACGGUGGCCUCAGAGAAGAAGCCCCCCCUGAGGCCACAUGCCAAAAGCCCCCUGGUCACUCGGAACCGGAGCCUGUCCUCUCCCUCCAGGAUCCACGCCUCCGAGGACAGGAGGAGGCCAGCAGGAAGCAGCCGCCUGCAGCACAUAAUGGCCGAGAUGAUCUCCACGGAGAGGGAGUAUGUUAGGUCCUUAGGAUAUGUCGUCGACAACUAUUUUCCAGAGAUGGAAAGAGUGGACCUGCCACCGGACCUGCGAGGGAAGCGCAGCAUCAUUUUUGGGAACUUGGAGAAGCUCUAUAACUUCCACCAACAGCACUUCCUCACAGAGCUGGAGCGCUGCCGGCACUGCCCCUUGGCCGCUGGGCGCGGGUUUCUGAGACACGAAGAACAGUUUGGCAUGUACGCGCUCUACAGCAAGAACAAGCCCCAGUCGGAUGCCCUGCUCUGCAGCCACGGUCUCACCUUCUUCAAGGACAAGCAGCAGGCACUGGGCGACAAGAUGGACCUGGCCUCCUACCUGCUGAAGCCCGUGCAGCGCAUGGGCAAGUACGCCCUGCUGCUGCAGGACCUGGUCAAGGAAGCCGGGCGCUGCCCCACCCACGAGCAGGAGCUGGCGGAGCUGAAGGCCGCCGAGGACAUGGUUCGCUUCCAGCUGCGCCACGGCAACGAUCUGCUGGCCCUGGAUGCUGUUCGCCGCUGCCAUGUGAAUUUGAAGGAGCAGGGACAACUGAGAUGCCGGGAUGAAUUCAUCGUUUACUGUGGAAGAAAGAAGUACCUGAGGCAUGUCUUCCUUUUCGAAGAUCUCAUCUUGUUCAGCAAGACCAGGAAGGUGGACGGAAGCUAUGACAUCUACACAUACAAGCAGUCCUUCAAGAUGGCUGAAAUCGGCUUGACGGAGACCGUCGGGGACAGUGGUGCGAAAUUUGAGAUCUGGUUCCGCAGGCGGCGGAAAUCCCAGGACUCCUACAUUCUCCAGGCGAGCUCUCCAGAGGUCAAGGCCAUGUGGACCAAUGUGAUAGGGAAGAUCCUGUGGCGGCAGGUUCUGAGGAACAGAGAACUCAGAAUGCAAGAAAUAGUGUCUAUGGGGCUGGGCAGCACACCGUUCCUGGAUAUCAAGCCCAGCAACGCAGCCCUAAGUGAUCAAGCUGCCGAGUACAACAUGAAUGGAACAGAGUCAAGAGCCCACGCAUCCACAGCUGUGCCUGCCUGCAACCACCCCACCCCCUUCAAGAGACCGCACUCCACCAUCUCAGACAGCAGCACCUCCUCCUCCAGCAGCCAGUCCUCUGCCGCCCUGCACGUGUCCACCAGCCAAGCCCACUGGCCCUGGCCGCACGACGUCCAUGCCUGCAUUGAGGAGGACGAGCCGGAGCAGGAGACGGGGAGCCAGCCUGCACUACGUGCCAAGAGCUCGGAGUCUUCCCAGUGCAAGUCGGGGGACAGCAGCCCUGGCCAACCCGAGCUGUCACAGCCCCUGUUCUCCGAUAAGGGCCCCCAGAGCACAUCUCCCCCCCUUCCACCGAGGGACCCGCAGCCACAGCUUGACGGAGGCCAGUUCACCACGACCAACAACACCCCUCAGGUCUUCGGCGUCUGGACAGCGGUUUGAGUGGCAGGCAAAACACUCUCUCUGAGACCUGGAUGGGAUGUGGCUCCUCCAGGCAGAGGAACCUCAGCCUGGACCUGUGCAUGAGGUCUGAGGAUGAAACACAAGCUGGGCGCUCCUGACACACGGCCCCCAGCCACGGGAUUCUCGGUCACACGCCCCUUGGGACCUAAAGUCAUUCCCAUCAUGCCCCUCACCCCCCAGCCCAGCCUGUGCAUGGCCAGGCCUCCGCUUCGUCCUUCCUGUAUGGUUCUUCCACCUCCGUCCAGCACUGACACCCCAUGCGGCCCAGCCUCUCCCACUGUGGUGGGAGCACACAGACCCCCUGUUCCAUGCGGAGGCCCAGACACACGUGGGCCUCAGACAGGGUGAGCCCUCUGGGACUGUGUCUGCCCACCUUCCAGGCAAUUCAGGCCAUGGGUGAUGGUCCCCGGGUGGGGCCCCACAGAGAUGUGUCCCAGAUGCAGGGUGAGUAUAAUGGGACCCUCAGUACUGUUUCCUGUGUAACACGUUGUAUGUAGAGUGAUACUAGAGUUAGGCUCAGGGGCCACAGGUGAUCCCCUGUGAGCCUGGGUGGAGGCUGCACCCUGCUUCCCAGGUAGGCGCCAGGAUGGGGCAGGGGCACGGCAGGUGGGCCUGCAGCUCUGAGGCGCCAGUGCUGGAGGCCGGUUGGUAUGGACAUUGCCCGAGAAGACCACCCCCACCAGAUGAGUUGAAUCAGAAGCAGGGAGAGCCUGGGAGACGCCAGACCAUAAUGAGCUUCCUGCCACAGACAUCCCCGCGCGCGCCCCACCCCUCAACCCCGUCCCCACCACUACAUGGACCUCCAGGACCAGGAGCGGUGGUGGCAGAGGCCACGCCUCUGUGAUUUGCCAGCCGUGGAGACUGUUUUGUUCCAUGUUUAGUGCUGACUUGUCCCAAACUUAGGUACAGAAAUAAAUAGGAUGUGUUUUUACCAUGUG